AUGCCACAAUUUGCUAAGUUGCUGUCGGACAUCGCCCCGAAAAUUGAGUUAACUUGGAAGGAACUGGCCAAAAACCUUGGAUUUGAAGAAGCAGACAUUGUUAAUAUCCAAGCUACGAAUGACUUCAAGGAACAGAGCUUGGUGAUGCUGUUUGCUUGGUGGAGGAAGCAGAGGAACAACAGAGAAUCAUCUCAGAGGUUGAGAGAAGCAUUGGAAGCCUCGGGUUUGGCUGAUUUGGCGUUGGGAGUACCAGAUUCAAUUGACAUUGAACAAGAAGAUCAAGAGGAGCAAGAGAGACACGAGACAAUAGGACAGGGCCCGUUUGUAGCUCAGCCAAAGGCUCAAGUUACUGGGGCAACAGCACGUGAACCUCUUUACGACCCACACCCAGAGGCACUAGGUGCGCAGCAAGAGAUGAUGACUUUUCCUGGGCAACAGAGUGGGGAUCAGAGUCACAGUUCUGCCUUAGUACCCCAGGGCCAUCCGGACACAUCUUCUGCAUUACCCAUUUCCCAAAGACACGGACAAAUGCAAUCAGGUCCAGUUAAUAUCAACGUUGAUGGGAGCAAUAAUCCUACCUUUCUUGCACCUGUCGUCAAUCCUACUAUCAAUUUCGUUCAGAAUGUAUUUCCAGGGAUCGAUCAAGGCCAACCGGAAAGGGAACUGCAGAGAAAUCGUCAAACGGGCUCCAGACAACGAAGAACGGGAAGACCGGAAUUAAACGAAUUGUUCUUCCAGAGGUUGUCGAGAAAGGUUGCCGGCGACUGGGAGACGCUGGCUUUCAUUUUAAGCUUUUCAAAGGAAAAGAUUGAAGCGUUCCGGGCAAAACACAGAGACAACAGAGAAAGGCAAUGCCGGGCGAUGUUAGGAGCCUGGCUAAGAAUGCAGAAUAAUGAUGAGGAAGCAAGGCAAAUUUUGAGAAAUGCCUUGAUGGAAACGGGAAGGAAAGAUCUGGAACGGUCGUUACUGGGUAAGUUAUUACAUUGUAUUAUGCUUUGUUCAUGUUGUUUCUGCUACGCCGUAUCCAAACGACCUCUUCUGGAUGUAACAACCACAGUCAAAAGAGAGGAGAAAAUGGACGAAGUCUUGACUAAGACUUUUGAAAAUUUCAUGAUGAACUUAUUACAAAACUAUGGCUUACAAUGCGUCGAGGAAAAAUGCUCUGAAAUUCUCGAAAAAUUCAUCAGCGAAAAUCUUCAAGAUGUGCAGUGUGGAUCCGUGACAUUCGUUUUUCGCAUCGAGACUCGGGAGGGUCUGGACAAGCUGUGGAGUAUGUACACCACUGGAGAACUCGCUAAUAAACUAACAAAGAUUUUCAUUACGGAUAAACUGACAACGGAAGAUAAAAGUGACUUGUCUAUUCAGGCGACUAUACUGGAAAGCGACUACAAACGGGCCUGCAGAUUCUUUGACGAGUUGGAAAAAGACAAGGUGAUUGCCUAUGCCAUGAAGGAGUACAAUUGGCCCUUGGAGAAAGCCAGGAGCUUCGUGGCCAGAAAGCGCAAGUGUGUGAAUCCAAAUACGGGCUUCCUGCAGCAGCUUCAGGUCUACGAAGGAAUGCUGGAUGCCAGUCGACAGAGACACAACAAGCUGUGGAGAAGCAAGUCGGAGAGCUCCCUAGCCAGCUCUGCAGAAUGCAGCCAAGAAACCAUCGAGUCCACCUCAAGCACCGAAGACUUACCCGAUGCAGCCUCUAAGACAUUGGAAACAACUCACCAAGGGAGUACCGUGCAGACUGCGGCACUCUCGCUGGGUCUUGCACCGCAGUUGGGCCACAACAGACGCCGAUCUUGGUCCCCGAAGGAUUCGGUGGCAGAAGCGCACUUUCCAAGCAACACUCAAGGCAAAUCGGUCCACGAGAAGGCCGGCCGCCUGAGCACCAGUCCUGCCGACAUUGAUUUCAUGGUGCUAGAUGACGACUGUCAGGACAUUCAGAUCAUUGUACCAGAAAUGCUCACCCCAACGAGUCCCACUCUGAGCGUGCCCACAGAGCCACUCCUUAUUGGCCGUACUGAAUAUGAGCUGCCUGCAGCACCUGUGCUUGAAGAUGUACAGAUGGACACUCAACCAGAAGAUACUCGACUGGAAUCUCUAAUGCUUGGACAAGUUGUGACAGAGGAUGUUUUUGCAGUUGGGGAAUCCCCAAGUGGUUUCAAAGAGGGGAUACAUGAAAUGACCAGCACCCCGAGCCAACCUGAACAAGCUGAAGAGAUGGAGGUAUCACCUCCUAGUGAAGUUGCCUAUAUCAGCCUGGAAGAAGGACUGAAUACAAACAACAACAGUGCUAUUGGCUUAAGCUCCUCACAAACCAACGAUAUCCCACCGGUUGAAGGAACGGUCAAGCUAAGAGUUACGUCCUUUGAAAACAAUCACCUGGUCCCCGAUGAUGAGAAGGUCGAGGUGAAAAGCGAAGAGGAAAUCGUCAGUACUGUGGAUGUUGUGUUUUUGGAGCCGGAGAUUCCUGUCAACUCCGAAACUGUGCAGAAACAGAAACAUGACAUCCAGGAGAGACUCAAAGCCAAAGCUGCCGAGAUCAGGUCAAAGUUGACCAGAUCAGGAAAGGUUUCCCCAGACACCACCACACUACCCACCAGUGAUAGUACUACCUGUGAGAUUGAUGACCCUGAUACUACUCAUCAGCCGAAACUUGCCGAAUCUCAGGAUUGUGAAAAGCCAGAGAUAGAUGCCUGUAACAUUUCAUCCCCUCAGCCCCCAGCUGUCAGCCUGCAUCAAGAAUCGACCACCACCGCAAGCCCAACGCUGCAAGCCCUUGAAAAGGGACGCGUGAAAAAGAUUACUGAGCAACUUCUAUCUCAGAAGAGUCCCGUUAAAGAUAGCGAAGAUGAUGAGGAGCUCCUGUCAUUGGCAGAGAAGAGAAAAAGCCAGAGCAUUGAGAGUGGGAGCCCAAGGCCGCAGUUUACUGCUGUCCAAAGGGCCUUGAUUGCUUAUUCACAUUCGACUUUGUUUCAUAGCUUUAUUUUGAUUCAAACUCUGACAACAUUGAAUUUGAAUUUGUUUAUUUCCUUAGUUGUUGGGGAGUUAUCAGACCACAUUCAGAGCAUGUUUCUGCUUCUUAGGCAUGAAGAUCGGAUGACUCUGGCGGUCCGAUUGGAAAGCGUGUACGAGGAGCGUGUCCGCUACAUCAUCCUGGUAUCCUGCAACGGUGUGCAGGACACGGAGGAGAGCGUCAUCCUAGGGGUGGAUAUCAUGUCCAACAGCGCCACCAUUGGCCUGGUCUUGCCAAUCUGGUGCGAGACCACUACACAACUGGAUGGUGACGGUGGCUUCAACCUUUGUUCCAAGAAUCGCACCAACACAUUCAAACCAGUCUCCGUUCAAGCUCUGUGGUCGGCAAUGCAAGCCAUCCACUCAGCCAUAUCCACAGCCCAGACCUACAACUAUUUCCCUGGCGGUCUGAAUCUGACCUGGAUUGGCUGCUAUGAGUCCCGCAUCAACUCCAGUCCCUCACGGAUCAAAGAGUGGCAACUCAUGCCGGAGCUGGAGGUCACCAAGCCCCACGCCUUCACUCCCACCUACUCGGAAGAAGGCCAUUACUAUCCCAGUGACCGUGAGCUGACAGAGCAGCUCAUCUUCUUGAAGAUCAAAGACAUCAUGGCAUCGGCAAACUUGGACUCUAUCACAAGCAGGGAGGUGCGAGUGAGGAUUGAGAAUGAUCUAGGGAAGAGCUUGAAGGAAUACAGACACUACCUGGACGAGCAGUUGAUCACCUACAUGAGGCAGAUGGAUUCCGCUUCACUCAUCUUUGAUCAUAUCUACUUGGGGUCUGAGUGGAAUGCAUCUCACUUAGAGGAACUAGAAUCGAAUGGUGUUGGCUAUGUUCUGAAUGUAACUAUGGAGAUUGACAAUUUCUACCCGAAUCGUUUCAUCUAUCACAACGUGCGACUGUACGACAGUGAGAGCUCUGAGCUGUUGAAGUACUGGGACGAAACCUACAAAUUCCUCUCAAAGGCAAAAGAGAAAGGUUCCAAGGCUCUGGUCCAUUGCAAGAUGGGAAUCAGUCGCUCUGCUGCCACCGUGAUUGCCUAUGCAAUGAAGGAGUACAACUGGCCCUUGGAGAAAGCCAGGAGCUUCGUGGCCAGAAAGCGCAAGUGUGUGAAUCCAAACACGGGCUUCCUGCAGCAGCUUCAGGUCUACGAAGGAAUGCUGGAUGCCAGUCGACAGAGACGCAACAAGCUGUGGAGAAGCAAGUCGGAGAGCUCCCUAGCCAGCUCUGCAGAAUGCAGCCAAGAAACCAUCGAGUCCACCUCAAGCACCGAAGACUAACCCGAUGCAGCCUCUAAGACAUUGGAAACAACUCACCAAGGGAGUACCGUGCAGACUGCGGCACUCUCGCUGGGUCUUGCACCGCAGUUGGGCCACAACAGACGCCGAUCUUGGUCCCCGAAGGAUUCGGUGGCAGAAGCGCACUUCCCAAGCAACACUCAAGGCAAAUCGGUCCACGAGAAGGCCGGCCGCCUGAGCACCAGUCCUGCCGACAUUGAUUUCAUGGUGCUAGAUGACGACUGUCAGGACAUUCAGAUCAUUGUACCAGAAAUGCUCACCCCAACGAGUCCCACUCUGAGCGUGCCCAUAGAGCCGCUCCUUAUUGGCCGUACUGAAUAUGAGCUGCCCGCAGCACCUGUGCUUGAAGAUGUACAGAUGGACACUCAACCAGAAGAUACUCGACUGGAAUCUCUAAUGCUUGGACAAGUUGUGACAGAGGAUGUUUUUGCAGUUGGGGAAUCCCCAAGUGGCUGCAAAGAGGGAAUACCUGAAAUGACCAGCUCCCCGAGCCAACCUGAACAAGCUGAAGAGAUGGAGGUAUCACCUCCAAGUGAAGUUGCCGAUAUCAGCCUGGAAGAAGGACUGAAUAUAAACAACAACAGUGCUACUGGCUUAAGCUCCUCACAUACCGACGAUAUCCCACCAGUUGAAGGAACGGUCAAGCUAAGAGUUACGUCCUUUGAAAACAAUUACCUGGUCCCCGAUGAUGAGAAGGUCGAGGUGAAAAGCGAAGAGGAAAUCGUCAGUACUGUGGAUGUUGUGUUUUUGGAGCCGGAGAUUCCUGUCAACUCUGGAACUGUGCAGAAACAGAAACAGGACAUCGAGGAGAGACUCAAAGCCAAAGCUGCCGAGAAAGGUAGCCCUCCGUUGACCAGAUCAGGAAAGGUUUCCCCAGACACCACCACACUACCCACCAGUGAUAUUACUACCUGUGAGAUUGAUGACCCUGAUACUACUCAUCAGCCGAAACUUGCCGAAUCUCAGGAUUGUGAAAAGCCAGAGAUAGAUGCCUGUAACAUUUCAUCCCCCCAGCCCCCAGCUGUCAGCCUGCUUCAAGAAUCGACCACCACCGCAAGCCCAACGCUGCAAGCCCUUGAAAAGGGACAUGUGAAAAAGAUUACUGAGCAACUUCUAUCUCAGAAGAGUCCCGUUAACGAUAGCGAAGAUGAUGAGGAGCUCCUGUCAUUGGCAGAGAAGAGAAAAAGCCAGAGCAUUGAGAGUGGGAGCCCACCGUCCGAUUCUCCGACUAAACAGCUGCUGCAACCCUCCAAGUCUUCCUCAGUUACUUCCAGGUGGUCUCUGGUUGUUGAGACAACUGGAGCAAUCUCCCAGAGCCCUGCUUCCCAGGAGGACAAGUCAGUCAAGGACACCACGUCACAAGAAUGUAUGGCAUCUUAGGAACCCACGAGCGGAAGCCCUUCCAAGGAAGCCUUCAUAAAAACGUACUUCGGGGAGGAUAUUCUGCUGGAGCCAGGAACGGUGAAACGGCAGACCAUAGAUUUUGAGCAGCUCUCCUCUCAUGGUCAACAAGAUGAGUCAGAACCAAAGAAAGAAGUAGCGAGUAAGAAAGAAGUGGAAGAGACUACACUGGAAGUGACUGACGGGGCACAGGAAGAGAUGGUCGUCAUCAUUUGGGACAGCACCACAAAUGGGAAAAGGAAGUUUGAAGAAGUUGGAAGCCAGAACAAGCAUGCCAGGGUGGAUCAGAAGGAGCAACCAACAAAAGACACAGCUGAGGAGUUGGAGACAGAGACAAAGAUGGAAGAGGAGACUCAAGAGGAAAUGAAGAUUAACUCCGCCUACGCCCAGGAGGGCAUCUCAUCCUGGAAGGUUGGGGAUGUCCGCAAACACACCCAGCAGUUUGAGAGAUGGUCAUCGUCCACAGAGGGCACAGACCAGUCCACAAACCCCCCUAGCCCGAUCACAAUUGAGGACACAACUGAAUCCAAAAUGAGUUCCGGGGAGAGCAUCUCGCUGAGAGAGUCGGUGGCAGAGAAGGCUCCUCCUGUGUCGUCAGACUCAGGUUCGUCAGAAGAGGAGGAAACCUCCCCGGGGCUAGCCCAAGUAGAUGAGGGUGUAGACCGUGGUAAAAAUGCAGGUGAGAAGGAGAAAUUAAAUGUGGAGAGUAUCGGAGAGCGAAUUGCCAAACUUGAUCUCAACCUAAGACGCACCAACUCCAUUGCACGCUUGUCCAACGAGAGAAGCUCCCCCGUGGUCAUGCGUCGCAGUGAUUUCACCCGUCCAGUCAGCAUCCGCGGCAACCGCCUGCGCUCGGACUCCGGCACGCGCUCCCUGGAAUCCUCUCCAGAGAACCAGUCUCAGCUGGCUAAAGGGGAUCUGACGGUGGACGAGAGGCGUAGGAGUGCCCACGCCCGACUGGUCACGCCACAAAAGGACACGGUGCCGCUGCAGUUUUACCUGGAGGAACCGUCAUCGGUGGAGAUACGCAGCCUCAGCAGUGCCUCAACGUCUGAAGAACCAGGGACAUCGACUGCGACAGGCACUGGCAGCAGUGCUUCGGGAAAGACGAGCGACAGCGCUGCGAAACCAACCAGCAUUGAAAAGGCCCCAGCAACUAAGGAUUGUGAGUCGCCCCAAGCCAGCAGGAAAAAGCAGCAGCAUGGCAAGACCCACCCCUUGUCUAAGCUAAGCCCCACCCCCGGGAAGCACCCCUUUUAUGGCACGUCGUAAUACUCUGUGUGAAACUCUCAGGUGCUGGGUCUGUGAUUUUGUGUGUGAUACCUGUGACGUUCUGUGUGGUUUGUGUUAGUCUCAAUGUCCAAGAAAUCCAAGUGUCUGAAAAAGAUAACAGCGUAAUGUGCAGUGUGUGGUCUUGAAAGUUGUGUUGAAUUGAUAUACAAGUUUUGGCACAGAUAUGUUUCUGAUCGGAUCUUGGGAUGACCUUUUACAGUGCUUCAGAUCUAAUAUUUUAGUCAUCCGCCUUUUGUUUAAAAAGGCAACCUUUGUAGAACAUUUACACGUUGUGUAUAUUUCUGUCCACAAAAGUGAGCUAACAAAGCUAAUAGAAUAAUUUGAGGUUUGUGUACAUGUACAUAUCACUCAUAUUUCUGUACGUGAAUAAAGCUAUAAGUUAUUUUGUGAAUAAUAGUAGUUGCA